AUGUUAAUGUUUGACAAGUAGGAGGAAGGGCCUUGGCUGCCAUAUCUCCGCGUCUUAGACAACACAGCCGCACUCUUUCAGUUCUCCUUACUUCUACCAGAGUUUGUGUGUGGCCUUUUGAAGGGAUUAAAGAUUCAAAUAGGAAAGAGAAAGACAGAAAGACAGACACUAUGGAGGUGCUGGUGCUGGUCGACUUUGAGGGCACCAUGGCAGACGAGCUCUCAGUGAAGAUGGGGGAUGUGGUCAAAAACGUCACCAAGGCCAGCGAGGAGGGCUGGCUGGAGGGGGAGCUGGAAGGAAAGAGAGGCAUCUUCCCUGCUAACUUUGCCAAGGAAGUGCCGGUCUAUUUGAUAGGUGACACCAAGAGGGAACCACGCAGCCUUAGAAAACCGAAGAAAAUGAAACAGGUGAGGAAAUGCGAGGUGUCGUUUGCCUACAGUCCAAUGAAUGAAGAUGAGCUGACGCUGGUUGUUGGGGAGACCAUAGAGAUCAUCAGAGAGAUUGAAGAUGGAUGGUGGAUGGGGAUAAAAAAUGGCAAAGUGGGUGCAUUUCCAUCAAACUUUGUGAAAGAAAUAUUUGUCUCCCCUAAAGAGGCAAAGCACUCUGAGAACAAAGCAAGACCUAAGCUCAGUGAUGCAGUGUUCACCAAGGAGACAUCUCAAAGGGCAAGUGUAAGGAACAAAGCACAGCAGAAUGUGGAGUGUUGCCAGGUUAUGUUUGACUACAAAGCCAAAGCAGAGGAUGAGCUGGAUCUGAAAAAAGGAGACGUGGUGGUAUUAGUGAGAAAGGAAACAGAAGAUGAAGGCUGGUGGGAGGGAGAGCUAAACGGACGCUGUGGCUUCUUCCCUGAUAACUUCGUCAUGGUGAUUCCACCAGUGGACAGUCUGCAAUCUGGAACCUCAAGCCAACCGCCUGCUCGCAACCUCAGCAAGAAACUCCCAGUGAAGUCAGAGGCCUCAGCGAUGGAGAAAGGUGGUCCAGCAAAGGCUAAAGAUGAUAAACCAGAUGUUAAGGACCUGAGAAGCAACCCUCCAACCAAAGUCAAGCUGCCAUCAUUUAACAAGCCCAGCCCUCCUCCAGUCAAAGACAAACCCAGCAAGGUUUCACCAAAAACCAAUGGCGACGGGGCCUCUGUUUCACCAAAACAACCAGAAGAGAAAGAGGCAAACCAUUUUGAAGGUGUGGAUCUGCAGACUGAAAAGCUUACCCACCCAACAGCAAACAGAGCCAAACCCCCACAGAGAAGACCACCGUCAGGCCUAGCCGCAGCAGCUAAGAAUGCCACUGACCAAGCAGAACCAGACUCCUCACCAAAAAAGACAGAGAAAUUUUCAGCCUUACAAAAGAGUACAGAAAAUCUCCUGCCAUCACCUGCAAAGCCUGACCCUCGACCAAAAACGCCUCCUCCAACUCGGCCAUUGCCCCCCAAAGUGGUAGUGGACGGCAAAACUGUGACCCAUAAAGAGGAACCAACGCUGGAAAGCCUGCAGGCUGAAAUCAAAGAGCUGAGGAUGACUCUGGAGCUGCUGCAGACACGACAGGAACAAGACAUAAAAGAAGUGAAAGAAGAACUGAAGGAGGAGAGAAACAAGCGAGUGGCACUGCAGGAGGAAAUAAAAGCUUUGAAGAUAAAGCAAUAACCCCAUCAUAGACGAGGAGUGGGCUGCCUGUCUGACACAGGCUGGCAUUUUUCUGACAGAAUGGAAUGGGCAUGGAGGAGACAAGUGGGUGCUCCAGCUUCAAGCAGAAAAUCGAAGGCUGCAUUUGAAAGUUGUGUUGGAAAGAGGAUCAAACUAAGCCUGCACUGAACCGGAGACGCCUGAUUCUUCAAGAGACUAUUACUGUAAUACCUUACGCAUUAUAAAUGAAAUCUCAAAUUGGUCUUAAGUGGGUUACGUUUGGUUGCAAAUAACUGUUGUGUAUUUUUUUCAACUGUCACCUUUAUUAUUUUUUACCAUAGGUUGACUCUAUUUUUUACAUUUUUUACAGAGAUUCCUCUGCAGAAAACAUGUAAUAUAUGCUACUGUGCAUAGGAGAAAAUAUUGUGAUGUCUUUUGCAAAGACCUAAAAUAUAAUUCUAAGAUAUCAAGGCACUGUUUUCUGAAUGUUUAUGUGUGCAAAACUACUGACAGAACCAUGGUUACUCUCUACCUAGAAUGUAAAGCUGUAUUGUUCCACUAGGGGGCACUGUAUGACAAUUCAACAUAAAGACUUUACUUUUAA